AUGUCAAAGGAAUCGAGAUGUAUGAAGUCGAUGAAGCCGUCAGUCUCGAAUGUCGACGUAAUGCAAUCGGAAAAUGCGAAUAUCUAUAAAAGUCAACAAUAUUUAAGCAAUUUGGUGUCGCAUUUAAAAAAUAUGAGGGCUUUGAAGGAAUUAUGCGAUGUGAUUCUAAUAUGUAAUAAUGGCAAACGGAUUCCGGCGCAUCGAGUUGUCAUAUCGUCAAUGUCCGGCUAUUUUUUGGCAAUGUUCACAAUACAUAUGUCGGAGUGUCAUAAAAAGGAGAUAGUUAUCGAAAACGUGGAUGCGGAAUGUUUGGAGCAGUUAAUCAAUUUUUGCUAUACGGGUCAAAUUGAAAUCAACGACGACAACGUGCAAGACCUUCUACCAUCGGCGUGUCUGUUGCAAAUGCUGGAAGUGCAAACCGCGUGUUGCGACUACCUCAAAAAACAAUUGGAGCCGUCGAAUUGCCUCGGGAUUCGGGCGUUCGCCGACGCGCACGCGUGCAAAGAGCUGAUGAGCACCGCGAACGCGUUCAUUCUCAAAAAAUUUUCGAACGUUGUGGAGAGCGAAGAAUUUCUACAAUUGUCAAUCGACGAGCUAGUCGAGAUCAUUCGCAGCGAUCAAUUGAAUGCGCCGUCUGAAGAAACUGUGUUCUCGGCGGUUAUCAAUUGGGUUCGACAGGAUAUUACGAAAAGAAAACAGCAUUUAUCGAUGCUAUUAUCACACGUUCGCCUACCGCUGUGCUCGCCGAAAUUCCUCGUCACCACCGUUUCCGAGGAGAUGCUCAUCAAAACCGAUCCGGCGAGUCGCGAUCUCGUCGACGAGGCGAAAAACUAUUUGUUGUUGCCGGUCGAGCGACCCAACAUGCAGGGACCGCGAACGAAGCCGCGCAAGCCGUUGCGCCUACGCGAAGUGCUGUUCGCUGUCGGCGGCUGGUGUAGCGGCGACGCGAUCGCCUCGAUCGAGAUGAUGGAUCCGAAUCGCAGCGGAUGCGCGUGGUCGUGCGUCGCGCCGAUGAGCAAACGACGGUGCGGCGUCGGCGUCGCCGUACUCGAUCAGCUUUUGUACGCGAUCGGCGGUCACGACGGGUUGUCAUAUCUGAACAGCAUCGAACGCUAUGAUCCGGUGACGAAUAAAUGGAGUUGCGAUGUGGCGCCGACGGCGACUUGCCGCACGAGCGUCGGCGUCGCUGCGUGCAACGGCUAUCUGUACGCCGUCGGCGGUCAAGACGGCGAUAGUUGUCUGGAUGUCGUCGAACGAUACGAUCCGCAGCGGAACGAAUGGACAAAAGUCGCGCGGAUGGCGACGAGACGCCUCGGCGUUUCCGUGUCGGUCCUCAAUGGAUGCCUCUACGCCGUCGGCGGAUCAAAUGGCCCGUCUCCGCUGAGCACCGUGGAAAGAUAUGAUCCUCGUGUUGGCAAAUGGGAAGAAGUGCGAUCGAUGCUGACGAAGCGCAAACAUCUCGGAACCGCCGUUUACAAUGGACGAAUUUAUGCCGUGGGUGGUCGUGACACUUCCAGCGAACUCAGCACUGUCGAAUGCUAUCACACGGAGACGAACGAAUGGACGACGGUUGUCGCAAUGAACAAUCGUCGAAGUGGUGUCGGCGUUGCGGUUGUCGAUGGCAAAUUGUACGCGGUCGGAGGAUUCGACGGACAAACGUAUCUGAAGUCGGUCGAGGUUUACGAUCCCGACGGGAAUCGUUGGCGACAUCAUUCGCAAAUGACAUACCGCCGUUUGGGCGGCGGUGUCGCCGUUUUGAAUCUUCCCGACAAUUGCGAAAAUUCCUUCGAUUGA